CAAGCCAUAGUAAGUGUGUUAUUGAACUGUACCCAUCAAGAUGUCCAUUUAGGAGAGACAUUAUCAGGGUUUAAAGAAUUUUCACAAAGUUUUGAUGCAGCUAUGAAAGGUCUGGCACUGAGUAAUUCGGAUGUGAUUCGACAAGUAUACAACAGUUUCGCCAGACAGCAGAUGUUUGAAUUUGAUGCAAAGACAUCAGCAAAAGAAGAUGCUUUUCACUUUGUCAGUUAUGUUCCUAGUAAUGGAAGACUGUAUGAAUUAGAUGGACUAAGAGAAGGACCCACUGAUUUAGGUGCAUGUCAUCAAGAUGACUGGAUCAGCGCAGUGAGGCCAGUUAUAGAAAAAAGGAUACAAAAGUACAGUGAAGGUGAAAUUCAAUUUAACUUAAUGGCCAUUGUGUCUGACAGAAAAAUGAUAUAUGAACAGAAGAUAGAAGAGUUACAAAGACAACUUGCUGAGGAGGAACCCAUGGAUACAGAUCAGGGUAAUAACAUGUUAAGUGCUAUUCAGUCAGAGGUUGCCAAAAAUCAGAUGCUUAUUGAAGAAGUACAGAAAUUAAAAAGAUGUAAGACUGAAAAUAUCAGAAGCAUAAUUAUCUGCCGUUCAUUAUGGAAUUCUUAAAGACUUUAGCAGAACACCAGCAGUUAAUACCACUAGUAGAAAAGGCAAAAGAAAAACAGAAUGCAAAGAAAGCACAGGAAACCAAAUGA